CCCAGGGCCGCGUCUCACUCCAUGUACUUUCGCGUUUGCUCCGCAGAACAUCAACAAUCCUCUAUCAAAUUCGACACAAGACAUCCUUCCUCUUACCUUGCGUCUUGUAUUCAGCCUAUCCGAAGAUGCCAGGUACCGUUACAAGGACGCCGGCGAAACGCGCCCUCGCCGAAGCCUCACACACCCGCACCAACCUACUGGCUUCGCCCCGCUCUGCGAAGAAGCUGAAGCUGGACAACGGCAAUGGACACAGCAGGCCGCCAGUCAAGAAUGUCAAUGGCUCUUUCAACUCGAGUCAAGUGGGGCCGAGCCAGUUCGAGGAGACGCUGGAGAAGAUGACGCAGGAUAUGGAGACGUUGAAGGGAACAAACACAGAGAAAGACCAGCAAUGGCGGCGACCACCGCUAUCAGAUGACUUCAAUGAAAUGACACAGAAGCUCGUCUUUCAACAAAUCGAGGCUGAAGAGGGCGUCCUGAGCGGAGGCCGGACCACCGUGAAACUAUUUGGCGUAACAGAGGAUGGUCACUCUGUCCUCCUCCACGUUACGGGCUUUCUUCACUACUUCUACGUUGCCGCACCGAUCAACUUCCACAAAGAGGACUGCCAUCCCUACCAGGUCUUCCUCGAGAGCGAGUGCCAGAAGCAGUUCAAUCAGCACUCAGCCGUCAUAAACUCAGUCCAAAUGACGAUGAGGGAGAAUAUUCUGCGCUUCCAAGGAAACCAGAAGAGUCCAUACCUAAAGAUAACCGUCAACGACCCGAAGUUCAUCAACCGCGUGCGGACCAUGGUACAGAAGGGAGGUGCCAAUUACAAGCAACUCUGGCCUUCCCCUGAAAAUGGUAUUCUGACAUUUGACAACAUCGCCUAUGUGCUCAGAUUCAUGAUCGAUACAAAGGUCUCUGGCAUGUCAUGGGUUGAAGUUCCGGUUGGCAAAUACAAGAUGAUCAACCCUCGGGACCGGCACUCCAACUGCCAAAUCGAGGCGCAGGUUCCUUAUAGCGAAUUGAUCGCUCAUUCCUCUGACGGCGAGUGGGCGAAGCUCGCUCCCCUCCGCAUCCUUUCCUUCGACAUUGAGUGCGCUGGCCGCAAGGGUAUCUUUCCAGAAGCGAAUGUGGAUCCAGUCAUCCAGAUUGCAAACGUUGUAACAAGGUACGGUGAACCGAAGCCAUUUGUCAGGAACGUCUUCUGCUUGGACACAGUCAGCCCUAUUGUCGCGACGCAGAUACUCUCCUUCCAGAAUGAAGGAGACAUGCUCAUGAAGUGGCGCGACUUUGUUGAAGAAGUCGACCCAGACGUCAUCAUCGGUUACAACACGUCCAACUUCGAUUUCCCAUAUUUGCUUGAUCGGGCGAAGCAUCUCAAACUUCCGAAGUUCCCUUACUGGUCGCGACUAAAAACGGUGCAAUCCAAGGUUGAGAGCUCCAACUUCUCGAGUAAACAACUAGGCAACCGAGACACAAAGACCGUCAACACGAACGGCCGUCUGCAACUUGACCUACUUCAGCUCAUUCAGCGCGACCAUCAACUUCGGAGCUACACGCUCAAUUCUGUUUGCGCCCACUUCUUGAAGGAGCAGAAGGAAGACGUGCAUCACAGCAUGAUCACCGAACUUUUCAAUGGCGACUCUAAUUCCCGAAGACGAUUGGCUGUCUACUGCCUGAAGGAUGCUUACCUACCACAGCGAUUGCUCGACAAGCUCAUGUGCCUCGUCAACUACACGGAAAUGGCUAGGGUCACAGGUGUACCAUUUAACUACCUGCUUUCCCGAGGACAGCAAGUCAGAUUCAUCAGCCAACUGUUUCGUAAGGCUCUCGACCACCAACUCGUUGUCCCGGACCUCCCGAACCAAGGUGACAGCGGCGAUCAGUAUGAGGGUGCAACCGUCAUUGAACCAAAACGCGGUUACUACAAGCAGCCUGUUGCGACCCUCGAUUUCGCCUCUCUGUAUCCCAGUAUCAUGCAAGCGCACAAUCUUUGCUACACAACCUGGUUAGAUAAGCAGACGGUGGAAAAGCUUAAGAUGAAGAAGGAUGAAGAUUACAUUGUCACUCCGAACGGCGACAUGUUUUGUACUGCCAAAACUCGGAAGGGUCUCUUGACCAAUAUUCUAGAGGAGUUGCUUGGCGCGCGUAAGAGGGCAAGAAAAGAGUUAGCAGUCGAGACGGAUCCGUUCAAGAAGGCCGUGCUCAACGGUCGUCAGCUGGCGUUGAAGGUCAGCGCAAACUCUGUCUACGGUCUCACAGGUGCUACUAAUGGCAAGCUACCCUGUCUUGCGAUCGCUAGUAGCACAACCAGUUUUGGUCGCCAAAUGAUUGAGAAGACGAAGGCGGAAGUUGAGGCAAAGUAUACCAUUGCCAACGGCUACAGCCAUGAUGCAGAAGUCAUCUACGGUGACACCGACUCUGUCAUGGUCAAGUUCGGUACUUCGGAGCUAGCGGAAGCGAUGAAGUUGGGAGAGGAAGCUGCCGAAUACGUAUCUUCCAAGUUUGUCAAGCCGAUCAAGCUCGAGUUCGAGAAGGUUUAUUUCCCGUACUUGCUCAUCAACAAGAAGCGUUAUGCCGGUCUUUACUGGACAAACCCCGACAAAUGGGACAAGAUGGACACGAAGGGGAUCGAGACAGUCCGCCGUGACAAUUGCCGGCUGGUGCAGACAGUCAUUGAGACUUCGUUGCGCAUGUUGCUCAUUGAUCAAGACCCGGAUGGCGCGCAAGAAUUCGUCAAGGAAACCAUUUCAGAUCUGCUGCAAAAUAAAAUCGACAUGUCCAACCUCGUCAUCACCAAGGCGCUAACGAAACAAGAAGGCAAGGACGGCACGGGUGGUUACGCGAAUAAGCAAGCACACAAAGAGCUCGCAGACCGCAUGAAGAAGCGUGACGCUGGUUCUGCGCCUGCUCUCGGCGACCGUGUCGCGUACGUUAUGGUGAGGGCUGCCACGGGAGCCCGAAACUUUGAAAAAUCCGAAGAUCCACUCUACGUGCUCGAACACAACCUUCCUAUCGACACGCGAUACUAUCUAGACAAUCAGCUUGCGAAGCCGCUGGGCAGAAUCUUCGAACCGAUUCUUGGGGAGAAGAAGGCAAACUCGCUCCUCACAGGCGAGCACACGCGUUCCAUCUCGGUUGCCGCACCUACGAUGGGCGGGCUGAUGAAGUUUGCAAAGAGGACGGCAACGUGCAUGGGCUGCAAGAAGCCACUGACGGCCGCGCAUGAAAAGGAUGGGGCUGUUUGUGAGAACUGCCGGCCCCGCAUUGGUGAGCUGUACCAGAAGACGCUGAGCAAGGUCAGCGAGCUGGAGGUUCGGUUCGCUAGGCUGUGGACGCAAUGUCAGCGGUGUCAGGGCAGUAUUCAUUGCGAGGUCAUUUGUGAGUCGAAAGAUUGUCCGAUCUUCUAUAUGCGGAUGAAGGCGAGGAAGGAUGUCGAAGAUGGUGGGAAGGAAAUAGUGCGGUUCGACAAGGACGCUGCGCUCUGGUAGCGGAUGCAUGAGUUGCGGUGGGACAUGCAUAGUGGAUUUGGUAUGGAGUGUUUGGCGUUGAUAGGCGGAUGGAUAUCCAAAUCCUGUCAUACUGUGCAACGUUGCUUGUUCCUUUGCGCGAGGCGGUUUCCUCUUUGCAGCGUAUAUGUAUCUUCUAGACAUGUAAUAGUCAUUAUCCAAACUCAUUGAGCUGUUGCAC